GGUCACGGCUAAAGUUUUUUUUAAUUCUCCCUGGUCCGAAUAACAACCUGCUGGAUGAAAAUGACAACUUCUAAGAGAUGACAUAAGCAGAUGUUAUUUGACUAAACAUGAACAUGGUACCUGCACGGACCAACUCUGACACAGUGAAGAGGAAAGUGCCCACCAUACGCCUGAAAGACGACGCAGACCUCAAGGAAAUUUAUCAAUUUGGGAGGAAAUUGGGCCAAGGUAGCUAUGGAGCUGUUUAUGAAGCUACCCACAUUGAGACCCAGACAAAUUGGGCUAUUAAAGAAGUUUAUAAACCAGCGGCAGGAACUUCAAAGGCUCACAAGGCAGAAAACGAAAUGCUAAUCCUCAAAUCAAUGAACCAUAAUCACAUAAUACAUCUCGAGGCAGUUUAUGAGUCAUCCUCGAGGAUUUAUUUGGUCACCGAGCUGUGCAAAGGUGGUGACCUCAAGCAGCUGCUGCAACAAAAAACCUUCUUCACCGAAGAUGAGACAAGAAAAAUUAUAUUUUGUCUGGCUGACGCAGUAGCUCACCUUCAUAAAAAAGGUAUAAUGCACCGGGACUUGAAACUUGAAAAUAUUCUUGUGAAGAAUUCUCUUCAUGAAGAUGACAGCAGGUUUCUUAUCAAGGUAGCGGACUUUGGUCUGUCGAUCAAGACCAAAGGUGUCGGGAUUGAAAACAUACAGAUGGACGCCUGUGGGACGCUCAUCUACAUGGCACCGGAAAUGAUGAGUGGCCGUGGUUAUAGCAACUGGUGUGAUAAUUGGAGUAUUGGAGUCAUUAUGUAUAUACUGCUGUGUGGAAUACCUCCAUUUUAUUCCAAAACUAAGGAAAAUCUAAUAAAGAAGAUCAUGACCAAGGAAAUUAAAUUUGAUCAACCCAUUUGGGAAACUGUCAGUGAUGCAGCAAAAAAAGUGUUGACUCACCUUCUUAAGCCAAAUCCUGCGUACCGUAUGACUGCAUCUCUACUGUUGGAGGAUCCUUGGAUUACUGGUGACAUUAGUGUGUCUUCUGGCCCGUCCAACGUGUUGGAAAUGAUGCACCACUACAUGGAACAUCAAGAAAGCAACAACAAAGAAAGUAAGACUGUGGCGGAGUCUUCCCUCGCCUCUGCUGAGGACACUCUGGAGCCGUUCCUGGCCUCACUGGCUCUUCCAUCAAAGACAAACAUCAACGGUGCUGAGCUCGGUCCUAACGAGGACAGCAGCUCCUGCUCACCCUCCUUUAACAACACGUCCCACGUUGGAGAAAAACGUCCAGUACAGCUGAGUGCAAAACAGCGCAGACCUCAGGACAAGAAGGACCUCCGUACAGGACAGAAACCGACCUCUGACCCAAGUAAGGCAGAGGAGGAGAGACCUUUCUCCAGCAACAGAGACCGACGGUCCUCUGCAGACCGACAGCUGUUUCAGAGUCCAGUUAUCCAUCAGAAUAACACGAGGAAGAAAAAGGAAAAAAAGAACCACGUGACACGUGAAAACGGGAGGAAGCAAAAACCAAACUAG